GAUCACACGACAAAUCUUCCGCCUUCCCUUCCUGGCGAGCCGCCAAAGCCGCCAAAAAUGGGUGAUUCCAAGCAAGGUGGUAAAGUCAUCAACAUUGACCACAGCUUUAUUAGUAACGUAAUUAACGUCGGAAAUGGAGCUUUGCGUCCACCAGCCGAGUCAAAAAAAAGAAAGAAGUCUAGGAAAGACCGGAAAUUAUCCAAAUUGCAUGGAAAAGCGAUUCCCCAACUGCCGAAUUUACCCCCAAGUGUGGAGAAUGUGAAACAAUCAGAACUUCUUAAUGUUCUUAGAGGUUUAAUGCAUGGCUUAGAGCUGCUGUUGAAACAAAAAACUUCUGAGCUUGGUGGGGGACCAGAAACGACUACAACUGCUACGCCUGUUUUAGAGGAUGUGGAAGAAUUUUUGGAAGAAUUUCAGCCUUCUGUUGACACUUGGCAGGCUGAAACAGAUGAAACUGAAGAACCCGAGGAACCUGAAGAAUAUUGAGUGCCCAACAGCAAAGUUUUGCUGAAAAAAUUGUGUCACAUUUGCAAAUAAAAGUUGAAGCU